CUUUUAUCGAAAAGCUUCAAGUUUAUCAAGUUACUUUAUUCAAGUUCUGCGUCACGCAAAUAAAAGCUCGCAAACCAAGAAGUCCCACAUAAAACAGUCCUAUAUCAACCGCCCAAUAUGUCUUUCCUCGGCUUCGGAAGACCACAGCCUACUUCGGAGGAGAAAAUCUCAGCUGUCCAAGCUGAGAUGAAGCUCUUAACCCAGAUGCACGACCGUCUCACAAAAGCGUGUGCGAAGAAAUGUGUCCCCAACGACUACCGAGAAGCCGACCUCAACAAGGGCGAAAGCGUCUGCCUCGACCGAUGUGCUGCAAAGUUUUUCGACGUACAUAUGAAGGUAUCGGAAUUGCUACAGCAGGAAAUGCAACAAAAAGGAGCUGGUGGCGCUGGGUUUGGUUUUGGUGGUUAAUGCGAAGGAGGAGCUUUUUAUUAUGCUAUACCUACAUAUAUGCAACAAAGCUACAGCGGGCCAUUGUAACGAUUGUACGAUAUGGAUACCGGGACGUUAGGACACGUCUAAUGAUAUGAUAUAUCUAAAAGCUCUUUACGGAUUGGGGGACGUAUUUGGCUGGCCUGUCGAAUAUGACGAGGUUGUACUAUGGGUUAGUUUGGCCAUAUCGGAAUGGCUUAGGAAAUGAAUAUUCUCCUCAUCGACUUCAUAUCGUACUAUUUCCCCGAAAGAAGCAGGACUUGCUGGUUAGGUCCUAGGAGCACGUAGAGCAGACGUUGGAAGACAAUGGGCUUGCUAUGCUAAAGCGCCAAGGAUGCCGCUGUGGUCCACCACCACCACAACGCAUGUACGCUG